AUGUUGUUCUUCAGCUUCUUUAAAACCUUGGUAGACCAUGAAGUUACAGUCGAGCUCAAGAACGAUAUCCAGAUCAAGGGCAUAUUAAAAUCGGUAGACCAGUACCUAAACAUCAAGCUGGAUGACAUACAAGUGGUAGAGGAGCUGAAAUACCCACAUCUGUCAUCGGUCAAGAAUGUUUUCAUAAGAGGAAGUGUCGUUAGAUAUGUACAUCUUCCCGGCGGCGUAAUUGACACAGCACUUCUGGAAGAUGCUACUAGGAGAGAGGCCGCGCAACAGGCGACUAAAGGAAAAUGA